CAAUCAUCAUACGUGAUUUUGAAUGAGUCGAUGAAAAAUUGAACCAAAAAUGCAUUUCUGCACAGAUUAUGCAAGAAAGAAACAUUUAAUUUCUUCCAGAAACGAUUUAUCAACAUCAACAAAUCACAUUUUCCAACUUUUUUUUCGUGCUGUCAAAUUAUACCACACGUAUUGAUCUCUCUGCUUUUGACAAAGCUUAUGUGGAGAAGAGUACCUCAAUCAAAACAAGACGUAAGUCUAGUUCGUGAUCACCAACUACUUUUUAACUCCGCCGGUGAUAUCAUAACUUGUGGUUCAGAAAUCUAACCCAGUGCAAGUGCAACAUCACCUCCGACAAACCACUCUCACUAAACCCAACCCAUCGAUGGGGUCUGAAACAGCGGGACAAGGAAUACAACAAGUAGAGUUGCCAUUCAUGCCGGAAUACGCCUCCCUGGAUACGCGUAUUCGUUCUUUUCGAAACUGGAACUACGGUCACAUCCAAGAUUCGAAGCGUUUGUCGGAAGCCGGUUUCUACUACGCAGGUGUUGAAGACGAGGUGCGCUGUUUCCACUGUGACGGAGGUCUACGGGAUUGGCUUGUCACCGACGAUCCCUGGCACGAGCAUGCCAGGUGCUUUGCGGGUUGCAAUUUUCUGCAGCUAGUAUUGGGACAAGCGUACAUCAGCGAGGUGCUGGUAAAUGGUGCUGCAGUCAUAGCGAAUGGCGGUACACAGCAAGGACCACACACUGGAAAUGCAGUUACCAACAGCAUGCCUAGAGCAACACAUGGCCAGCAGGAACGACAGUACACCGCGUGCGCAGACGUUUCGAAUGAAUUAACGCAUCGAUUACGAGAAGAAAAUAACCGGCUGAAAGAGGAACGUGAAUGUAAAAUUUGUUUGACACGCGAAGUAGGAGUUGUGUUUUGUCCCUGUGGCCAUUUAGUAUCCUGCGUGCAGUGUGCCCCGGCUAUCUACAACUGCCCUGUGUGUCGUGCCUUAAUUACGGGCCGCAUCCGUACCUAUCUUGCGUAAAUAGAACUCGAGUGAAACGAACGCGCAUUUUUGUAUUGUUAAUACAAAAUUUUAUUCCAAAAAAAACAUGCCACGGAAAAAACCUUUACAAGCAUUGUAUAUUAUUUUUGUAUAUAGGGUCAUUUAUAUAAGAUUUAAUAUUUGUAACGUGUUGAACGCGAGAUUUUG